AUGCAACGAAAAGUGUCCAUCGUCGGUGCUGGUCCAUCCGGCUUCGCCCUUGUGGCUGAUCUCCAAAGCCGCGGGAUAGAGGUACUGGUCUAUUCACACCCUGACCAUUUUCGAUAUGCCAACGAGGUCAUAGACAAAGGCCUAUUGACAGUACGGGGAAAGAUUGAGGGUUCUAUGCCCGUGUGUAUUACCUCGGAUAUGGGUGACAUCAUUGAAUUCUCCACGACUAUCGUGAUCACGGUUCCAUCUACUGGACACGAGACAGUUUUGCAGCAAUUGAGAAGAUUUCCUCUGCAACAUCACACUGUUAUCUGCAUACCGGGCAACUUAUUCUCUCUCAUUGCUGGUAUCGAGAUCGGAUGCGUCCUAGAGACCAAUCUAUCUCCAUAUUCCUGUCGGAUGGAAAAAGAUGUCGUAACGAUUCUGGGAAAAAAGAAUCUCAUCUUCAUUGCGGCACUUCAAAGUCCUCCAAGUCAAGCAGUAUACGACGUGGUACAAGAGAUUAUACCAGUGGAGCUUUGCUGGUGCAGCAGUGUCCUCGAAGUUUGCCUGUUAAAUGUGAACGGCGUCUUUCAUCCAUUGAUGAUGCUGAUGAACGCAGGUCGCAUUGAAGACACUGGUGGCGACUUUUUUCUCUAUCGAGAUGGCCUCACGAGCUCCGUUGCUAAGGCCAUGACUGUGGUCGAUCAAGUGAGGAUGCAAAUAGGCAACGCACUUGGCCACAGCAUGAAAAGUGCGUUGACAGUGUCCAACGAGUGCUAUGGCCACGAUUUUUUGGACCUAGUGGAUUUGGCAAGGAAUUCAGGGCCACACAAGGGACUGAAGGCUCCAUCCGACCUUCAAAAUCGAAAUAUCUCAGAGGAUGUUCCUGAUCUGCUUGUUUGCUGGCACAGCCUUGCCGAGAAGCUUGGAAUAGAUGCGUCACCUAUCAAGGCCAUUAUCGUUCUUGCCCAAAUGACUACUGGUGUCGAUUAUUUCCAGUCUGGGAGAAGCCUUCGGAAGCUUCAUCUGGAGGACAUCUCCCGGAGAGAGCUAAUUGCAAGAUUCACGGCUCAACCGGACAACUUCAUUGUCAGCCGAUUGUAA